AUGAGCGGCAUGAGACUGCGCGACAGCAUUCGCGCGCCGAUACGAUACGGCGAAGACGAGUACGAAACGCCAUCACGGAUCUCGCUGCGCCACGGAUACGAUGAUUCCUUUGAUGACUCUAUCGAGCUUGGGGAAUCUGGUAAACCGCGCCCACAGAAGAGGCGCAGGACAAACAUUGUGCCAUUCAACCCCAACCUGCCGCCAGCUGCGUUCCCUAGUUUGAGCAGACCACAGCCAGAUCGCCGCUCCACCGCCUCUGCGCAGACUCACAGCGUUGGCGACAGCCAACAGGGCAUCCAGGUUAGGGAUUUUGCAUUUCAUCCACAAAGUGAGGAGUCAAUGUCAGCUGUUCUAUUCCCUUUGUCUGGGACAGAACAAGUCCCAAUGGGCCAGCUCGAGAAUCACCUUGCCAGUAACAACAUGGAUAAUCCAGUGUAUGCGAGAAACAUGAACAUGGCGCGCAAGGCGCGUAAGGUUGUCGCUCCCGUUUCCGAGGACAUGGUCAGCUCUCCGGAUAGUGAUGAGGAACCACCGCCAGAUGCGACACAGGCGCUAAUUGAUACAAUCCCCAACCCCAGAUGGAAAGAUCUGCACAAAGCUAUGCAAGUUGAAAUCGUCGAAAACACAAUGAAAUACUACGACUGGAGACGGGUUUGCGACCUUCUUGCCCUUGGGCCAGACGAGCGAAGACGACUCCAGGAGGCCAUCAGCAUUCGAAAUAAACAGAUCGAACGGGAGAACAAGAAACUGGAGCAAAUGCGGCGCAAACAGCGCAAGACACUCAUGAAGAUUGACAACAGCGACUUGAAGCUUUUUAAGCCGCCACCUCAACUAGUACUGAAAAGGAUCGCCCGAGAGACCAAUAGGAGCUUGAUCUUCGCCCAGUACACGGACCUCUUGAUGUGUCAAGCGCACGAUGUCCUGAAAGCCAGACAGUACUUGCAUCAGCACGGGCUACCUCGAAGAUAUGCCGGGGAUUGGGGAGACAGCCUGGUGGUGCUGCGAGAAUCCGUGGAAAACCCCCAUGAACCCGAAAAGUUCGAAUGGAAAGAGAACCUGAGAUUUACUCCGCCUUCUGAUGAUAUCGAGACUUCAGUCAAUCCUUUCAUGGACCCAAUCAUUACUGCCAAGAGUGAAUUCAUUCAAAGCAUUGGUACGAGCGGCACGAUAAAUCCAAAAGAUUUAUUCCGACACGACACUGAGCCGGACCCCAUGGUGGACUGGGGAAAGUAUUAUGAACCAAAACCGGACACGUCGUGGGACACCACAAAGCCCCGACUCGGCGGACUGAUCAAGGUGAAUAUUGGUCCACACCGCGCCGCGCAGAUUCAACAAUACGAGCAAACACGUGUCAGGCCCCAGGGAUUGUCCUACCAGGGUCAACUCAUGACCAUGCCAGAGUCACCUCCAUCGGAAUUUCCAGAAGAAACACCAUCCAAGAGGCCACAGAACGUGAGUCUUCCCCAGCCCAUUUGCCAGCAAACCCCCAGACCUGUCAGCAGAGCAAUCACCGGGAACUGGCCUUUGGUACGUUCCAGCCCAUCGGUGAGCCAAUCCAGGUACCAACGACAUAUCCAGCAGGCCAGGCUUGAAAAAAUAGAGGCCGAGGCCGAAGACAUGCGCUAUCGGUAUAACUUGCAGCCAAACCUCCGGGUCAAUGGCGUUGGACUUGGAAUGAGUCCCGCAUACGGAAAAAUUAAGCCAAUUACACUGUCCCAGUCAGUUGAACAAGACAUGCCUUCGGAAUUUUUUGCCAGGGCGUAUCGUGGAAUGACAAACAUGAACGUUGAUCGCCUCAUGGAUGAGUUUGUCUCCUAUGAGCCUAUUCCGAUGCCCGAAGAAAGCGAGGCCGAGCAACAAGAGGAAGAGCAACCCGAUGAACAACCAAGUUCCACUGAUAUUAGCUCGAUCACUGAGGUGUCUAUGGAUGAUGUGAUCCUGGUGCCGACAGAUGGCUGUUCCUCUUCGCAGUAG